CACAUGAAAAUCUCCAAUAAUUCCAAUAUCAUCACUGACUUCAUCCUCUUGGGCUUCCCUUGCCCCAAGGAGGGACAAAUUCUCCUCUUCCUGCUCUUCUUAAUCAUCUACUUCCUGACCCUCAUGGGCAAUGGUGCCAUCAUUUGUGCUGUACGCUGGGAUCAGAGACUUCACACCCCCAUGUACAUCCUGCUUGCCAACUUCUCCUUCCUGGAGAUCUGGUAUGUCACCUCCACUGUCCCCAACAUGUUGGCCAACUUCCUCUCUGACACCAAGGUCAUCUCCUUCUCUGGCUGCUUUCUCCAAUUCUACUUUUUCUUCUCCUUGGGCUCUACAGAAUGCUUUUUCCUGGCUAUUAUGGCAUUUGACCGAUACCUUGCCAUCUGCCGACCUCUGCACUACCCGACCAUCAUGACAAGACGUCUCUGCACCAAUCUUGUGAUUGGCUGCUGGGUAUUUGGUUUCCUCUGGUUCUUGGUUCCCAUCAUUCUCAUCUCCCAAGUGUCUUUCUGUGGAUCCAGGAUUAUUGACCACUUCCUCUGUGACCCAGGUCCACUUUUAGCACUCACUUGUAGAAAAGCUCCUAUAAUAGAGCUUGUUUUCUCCACUUUAAGUCCUCUACCCCUCAUCAUUCCCUUUCUCUUCAUUAUGGGGUCCUAUGCUCUGGUUCUAAGAGCCGUAUUCAAAGUACCUUCAGCAGCUGGGAGAAAAAAGGCUUUCUCUACUUGUGGUUCUCAUCUGGCAGUGGUUUCACUGUUUUAUGGUUCAGUAUUGGUCAUGUAUGGGAGCCCAACAUCUGAGCAUGAUGCUGGAACCCAGAAGAUAAUAACUCUGUUCUAUUCUGUUGUGACCCCACUCCUUAACCCUGUGAUCUAUAGCCUUAGGAAUAAAGAUAUGAAAAAGGCCCUACAGAAAUUUCUGGGAAUAUAA